AUGGAAUACACAAAACUCGGCGAGAGUGGUCUCAAGAUCUCCAAGAUUAUCAUGGGUUGCAUGGUCUUUGGUAGUUCCAAGUGGGAGGGAUCACCGUGGACCCUUGACGAGGAAGAAGGUCUCGAGCUGCUUAAAAAGGCAUAUGACCUGGGGAUCAACACUUGGGAUACAGCUGAUUUCUACUCCAACGGCGCUUCCGAGGAGAUUAUCGGCAAGGCCCUCAAAAAGUUCAAUAUCCCUCGGAGCAAGGUGGUUAUCCUCAGCAAGGUCUACUUCCCCAUCGCGGAAGGCGAGGGAACAAGAGUUCCAGUUGUAAAUGAUGGACCGACAGUGAACCAGAUGGGCCUUUCCAGGAAGCACAUCUUUGAUGCUGUUGACGGAAGCUUGAGACGUCUUGGAUUAGACUAUAUUGACGUCCUCCAGAUCCAUCGUCUGGACCGAGAAACGCCCCCAGAGGAGAUUAUGCGAGCUCUGCACGACGUGGUCAUGUCGGGCAAGGUGCGGUACAUUGGAGCCAGCUCCAUGUAUGCAUGGGAAUUCGCCCGACUGCAGCAUAUCGCCGAGCUCAAGGGAUGGACCAAGUUCAUUUCGAUGCAGAACUUUUACAAUCUGGUCUACCGAGAGGAAGAGAGGGAGAUGAUCCCCUUCUGCAAGGCCACAGGUGUGGGCGUCAUCCCCUGGUCUCCCAUGGCUCGUGGCCUCCUCACUCGGUCCUGGGGUACAGGCGAGAGCAGCCGUGCCUUGAACGACAAGCAUGCCGCGAUGUGGAACGCAACGGCCAGUGGGGAGGUCGUGGGACGCGUUGAGCAGUUGGCGAAGAAAAAGGGCAUUAGCAUGGCCGUGCUCUCGACAGCGUGGGUGCUGCACAAGGGAUGCUGGCCGAUCCUGGGUAUGAACAAGCCCGCGCGGAUCGAAGAGGCGGUUGAGGCGCUCCGUGUCCGGUUCACAGAUGAAGAAGUCAAGUAUCUAGAAGAAGAGUACAAGCCGCGAGCCGUCCAGGGGCAUUAA